ACUCUGUAUCGCGGUACGUUCAACGUUUGCGUUACAUUUUUACGUGAUUCGUUACAUAAAAUUUAUCUUGUUGUAGUACUUGCACAAGUACUAUACCACUUCCAUACUUGUAACCACUAACUCUUAUUUCUAAUAGUUAUGGUUAAUCAAAGUAAAAAGCAGCGAACCCAAUCCCCUGUAAAACUGGUGUCUAAUUUAACGUCCUUGAUUGCUACAUCAAGCAACACACCCCCAACAAACGGCUAUAGUGAGUCACAUAACUCACGUGUAUGCCGUAAGCGUCGAGCUGAAACUGAAAAUAAAACUGUACUGACAGCCAGUAUUAGCACUACUCCUAAAAAUUCGGUACCCUCUGCUCAUACAGAACUCCUCCCUUCACCUUAUGUGCUUAUGGAGAAACUCCAGCCAUCAAGCUCUUUUUCAGUACUAUCUUCAGAAAUAGAACUUCUAAAGUUGUCUAUAGGAGAACUUAAGGCUGAGUUAAGGGAAAUAAAAAACAGCAAGUCAGUAAAUGCUGGAAACAUCGAAACCAAUACCGAGAUAUCCAAAUUAUCAGAUCAGAUCAGCGAUAUCAGAUCGCAGGUCUGUGAACUGACACCUCUAACUAUCCUCAUGAAAACGGUAAACCUUAACAAGCUUGACACAGAAUCGGUAACUAAGGUAGAUAACCUCAUUAACUUUGUUACCACAGAAGUAACAAAACGACUCGACGCAAAACUCAGUGCUAUUGUCUACAACGUUCCGGACAAUGAGGCAAUAAAAAAGGUACAGCGCAUCUUACUUAGUGAAGCGAAAAUGCCUAACUCCAAGACUAAGUGCUACAGGCUGAAGAAGAGUCAACAUGAAAAGUGCUGUCCUAUUCGAUUUCAGUUCGAAACACCGGCAGAGACCAGAAAAUUCAUUCACUCCCAACACACCCUAUCGCAAGCCAGAAACUACAAACAUAUAAAGGUCGGGGUGGACAAAACAGUUAUAGAAAGGCGCGCACACAACUAUCUCACUAAGACUAAUUGUGAAAUAGGUAAUAGGACAUUGCAGCAAGCCAUUAUCCCCAACCCUGUGAAAGAUACAGUAGACCCCACCGCAUCACCCCUCUCAAAACACACAGAAAUGUCCCAUCAGAGUGCAACACCAGCCGAAAGGCCACUAGACUGUAACCAAAUAAAUAAUAAAACCAUACCACCCAUCACCGCAGAAUCUAAAAUGCCACUAAAUAACCCCAGAAAAAAAGUUAAAACCCCCCGAAACUCGACUUUGUCCUCUCCUAGCUAUAAUUCCAUUGGUAAAGAUAAGGAAAAUAUGCCCCUAAAUCAUACCAACAAAAACAGUGGCAGCUUAAAUAAGCCCACACUCCCCACGGUUAAUAGUAUUAGCACUCACAACGUGCUAAAUCGCACCGUGGCACACACUAAUAUCCAAUGUCACAACGAUGUCACCCUAAAUAGUACAAGUGGUAACAGUCAGAACUCGGCUACCAACAACUCAGGGUCUUCAGAGUAUGGCACACAAACAAAUUUCGACCGGAUAUAUGGUACAAGUCUGCUGGGAACUAACCCAAAAUGCAGUACACACGAAACCCACACAAGGACACAACUAGCAUCAAACAAUAGGUGGAAUAAUAAGCCAUGGUCAUCACAAGGAUCCAAUCAUUUUUUAUCCCCCGCGUCCCUGUCAGCGUUGAAAAAACAGCUGGUAGGGAUGUUAACACUCCUAAACCACUAGUGCUGGCUCCCUCCUUGCAUGAAAACAGGAACGGUCUAGUGCACCCGUAUCCAUUGGACACACUUGACACUUGCACAAGUAUAGGCCAAAUAAAGAACCCUACCCACUUCUGUAACCUAACUAAAAAUAAAAGUUCCUUAGUCUAUAGCAAAUCCAGUACUCCAACUCCUAAUUCUCCACCGAAAACAGCACACAACAACUCGAUAGACAUAGGUGAGCAUGAUGCUGGAACUCCUCUUAACAUAGGAUCGUCAUGUCCAGCAGAACUACUGGGUGCUGAACCAUAUUCGGGGCUGACUAACGAACUUAAAUACUUCAAAUGCUACUUCAACUCUCAUCUUUACGUAAUCCUCAUAAAUGCUAGAUCUGUUCUAAAUAAAUUGCCGAUGCUCAGAGCACUCACAGUAAUAUACAAACCCCCUGUAAUUGUCAUCACUGAAUCUUGGUGUCAUUCGGACAUCCUGGAUGAUGAAAUAAGCUUAGAUAACUACACACACUUUCGGUGUGACAGGGAAGGUGGUAAGGGAGGGGGUUGUCUCAUGUACUUCUUGAAUGAACUUACUGUAUCACAGCUAGAAAGUAGUACACUUAACAUGCCUGAGACUCUAUGGGUUAAUGUACACUUAAAUAACGUAACAGCACUAAUUGGAUGCUCCUACAGAGCACCUGGCACCUUUAGUAAUUACGAGACCCAACUCAUUAAUACUCUGGAGCAAUUAACCGACUUACAAUACGAUCAUAAGAUCCUAUGUGGGGACUUUAACUUACCUGAAAUCAACUGGGAUAUACCCACAGGUCCAACUAAAUUUGAUAAGUUCUUAGACACACUGGAUAUACUUGGCUGGAAACAAACUGUCACUACUCCCACAAGAGGUAACAACGUACUAGACUUAAUCUUCUGCCACAAUAUAAGCCCCCUUUCAACGCUAGUAGGUUCUGAGUUCCCAGGGAGCGACCACAAAACAGUAAUGUGUGCACUGCCAAUUCCGCUGAGUAGCAAUGCAUCUCAUACCUCCACUUCACAACAAGUAAUAUAUAGGAACUAUAGUAAGGCAAACUGGGCCUUAGUUGAAUCGAUGCUAAGAUCCUCCAAAUGGGAUGAAUACUUCACUACUGAUGACCUAUCGAGAGCCCUAACCAUCUUCUACCAUAACUCAAACAUAUGCUUAGAUGCUGUCAUUCCACUCCAAACACUAAAGGUUUCCCCACACAGAAAGUCAUUCAUAAAACCAAAGGAUCGUAAGAAACUGAAGAAACUCUCAACAAGUUACUUCAAACACCACGACUUUGGCACUCUAGGUCUAAUACUUAAAACCCUUAGCUCCAUCACACAAGCUCAAGAUUUCCGUAUGAGAAAGGAAGAACGCAUCGCAGUAGCCAGUCCUGCUAGAGCGUAUGCACUCACAGAAAUCUUAAGGAAGCGAAUGAAUCGCAAAAAUCACAGCAUUUCUCUCCUCAUAGACAAAGGCAGGCUAUGCACUAACUCUGCAGACAUAUGUGAACUAUUCAACAAAACGUUUGCAGGUAACUACCUUAAGCCCUCAGUCCAGCUACUCGAUAUACACCCUAUUACUAAAAUGGCACCAACUCCACUGACACCAAACCAAAUUAGCACUGUUCAAUUCACUUACGCUGACAUUAACCAAACUAUAAGAACCCUCAAAAGUUCAAAAGGUUUCGGUACCGACGGUAUAUCAUCUUACUUCUAUAAAUAUGGUGGCCCUGACAUUCCUCUACUACUGCUUAAAAUAUUCACAAUGUCCCUAGAAACCCAAACUUACCCUGACAUAUGGAAGACUACAUUCAUUAUGCCUAAACACAAAUCUGGCUCGAAAACUGAAGUCAGUAACUACCGGCCAAUCAAUAUCACACCUAUAGCAUCUAGAAUCAUGGAGAGACUAGUCAAAAAUAACCUAAUCAAACACAUGCUUAGCUGCAACAUCAUAAGUCCGAACCAACAUGGAUUCCUGAAAUCCAGAUCAUGUUUAACAUGUCACCUAGACUUCUUCAAUUUUGUAACCAGCAGUCGUGACAGACGGCAACUAGUACUUGUCAUCUACUUUGACAUUUCUAAGGCAUUUGACCGUGUUGACCAUUUACUGCUAACAAAUAAACUGAACUCCUUAGGAAUACGUGACCCAUUAUUAGGAUGGCUUAAAUCAUUCCUUAACAAUAGGUCCCAAAUAGUUAAACUCGGGUCUGCAACCUCCAAACCUAGCCCUAUCACUUCUGGUGUAGUACAAGGUAGUGUCAUUGGACCCCUCCUAUUUACACUAUACAUCAAUGACAUAUGCGCUUGCUUCACGCACGGGAAACCAUUCAUCUUUGCAGAUGACCUAAAAGUAGCUUAUACAUUCCAACGUGAUGACUUAGGGAACUUCGAGAAUGUAGUACAGAAGGAAUUAGAUAAAAUGGCUGCUUGGUCGUCCCUAUGGAAUCUCCAAUUUAAUCUGAACAAAUGUGGCUGGAUCUGCUUCGGUGCACCCUCAAUCGACCUGAAAUUAACGCUCCAAUCUGCUAACCUAACAAGACUCCGAAAUGUCGUUGACCUAGGCCUGAGGUACUCUAGUGACUUGACAUUCUCAGAGCAAGUAGCAUCACAGACUAGAAAAUCGAGGAUGCUCUUAGGAUGCAUACUCAGGAACUUUCACGACAAUGAAGCCAAGCUAAUUCUGUACAAAACAUGUGUCAGACCACUACUAGAAUACUGUCCAUUUAUUAUAAGCAGCACUCGCACACGUGACAAGCUAAGGAUGGAAAGUAUCCAACGAUAUUUUACCUCAAAACUGCUUGGCUACGAUUGUAAGGAAGACUACAUCUCACGGUGCAUGAUCCUAAAACUCGACCCACUUUGGACAAGGCGACUUAUUAUAAACCUAAUAUUCUUCUUUAAGGUCCUUCACAAAAUAUCUUUCUCAGGUAACAGGGACAUACAAUUCGCACAGGAAGGUUCUUACGAUCUGCGUAACCAAACUUCCACAGUGACAACUCAUUCUUUUAAGUCAACACUCCGUGAAAACUUCUUCACAGUCAUGUAUUCUAAAAUAUGGAAUAGCCUACCCCUAGAUAUCAGAACUUGCUCUUCGGUUACAAGCUUCAAACGCUCUCUAUACAGACUGUUGCACUCUACUGAUUAUAUUAAUAAACUAUUUACUCCUAGAACGAAUCAAGCACUAAUCUACUACAGCACCUAAAAGACGCACUUCAACACCCUUAGCAAUCUUUAAACUAUAAAUAAACUAGCAGCAUGGAUGCAUAAAGACAUAGUACGGAACAUACAGGAUUAGUCUACCCUUAGAAAUAGGACCUAUCCCUCAUUGUAACCUUCAAACGCUUGCUAUGUAAACUGUUUUAUUCUAAAGACUAUCCCUACCAGAACCCAUUACUUAUUUCUAAAACGCAUCAGUCAUUAGAACAAUAAAAACGCUCAGACUAUUAAUACACAUUAUGACAUUAAAUAAACUCUAAGACUUCGCAUAAAUACGUGAAAACGCAGAUACAAUAUAGAAAAAUGUUUACUUAAGUAUAAUUAAGAUAAACAUUUAUAAAUGAAUCAUGUAUUAAUGUUCUUUUCAUGUUCACAUACUUUCUCUUUCUGGUAUUUUGCUGCUCCUAUUCAUCUUCUGGUCGAGGUCGAACAACCCUGCAUCUAAACUGAAAUGAGGAUUAAUUCCAAACCGUCUAUCUCAUAACCACUCAAAUUCCAUGAACGAUCCAAUUCUACCAUUUGAAGACGCUGGCGAACAUGCUGUAAAUGAGUAUUCAUGAUCUGAAAUGAAGAAGCAACUGGUUUUCAAACAGUUUUCAACGUUUUACUCAACUUACGAAUACAGUCCGCCAUGCAGACACAAAUGGAGCAAAUGGAGAAUUCUGGAAUCGACCUCGGCACCAUUUGAUGCAGUAAAACAACCCAACAUGACCUUAUUUAGUUUUCGUAUCCACGAUCAAAUUUCUUUCCUGUUAUGAAACUACGAUAAGAGUGCUGAAAAAAUGGAAUAAAUAUAUCACUGAUCUCAACAUAAUACAUCAAUAAUCUUUAAGCCAUGGGUGCUGCUCACAACAAAGUUAUAUAAGAGAAUUGACUUCAAGCUUUAUUUUUCCCAGAUAUCUGUAUUACAUUCAUCUGAUGUCUGGGUUUUUUGUUAAUGCGAAGACAAUAUUUCUAUAUCUCUUUAUGUGCUACACAAACAGACUUUAUAGCAGACUGUUCCUACUGACUCUAAUGUCAGAAAGAACAACCAAACUGUAAAUUCAUUAUACAUUAAAUUGUGUGUAAUUUAUAUAAUAACUUAUCCAUGCCUGUACAAUUGGUAUGUUCCUGCAUAAACAGGAAGAAAUAUAUAUAUUACAACUAAAACAGAUAGAAGAGGCUUUGGUGUUAAAUUCAUUAGGAAGAUCGAAAAAGGCCAAACGAAAAAUAAAAAUAAUUGUGAAACUAUUAAUAAUAACAUAAAUAAGAGAGAGUAUAAGUCGUCUACAGUUAUACCAUAUAAAGAGGGGACAUCUGAGACCCUACGUAGGAUUGUAAAUAAAGCAGGAAUUAGGUUGGUGGCAUUUAAACCUACAAACUCACUCAGCUCGGACAAGCUGUGUAGGUUUAAGGACCCAGUUGACCCAAUUAGACAAAUUAAUAUAAUUUACAAAAUAUCCUGCAAUGACUGUGAGGUCAACUACAUAGGUCAAACUAAUAGGUCAGGCGUAGUCAGAUUGUCAGAACAUAAGAAUUUAGCGAAGGUAAGAAUGGUUGACCUUGAAAAGACAAAUAAUUUAGAAAAAAACUCAGCAAUUGCAAUGCAUGCAUUAACACACAACCACACAAUAGCAUGGUGGGAGAGGGUUAAGAUCCUAAAAAGUAAUCUAGAUAAUAAUAAUAAUAAUGAUUUACUUUAAUCCAAAAACAGUACUCGUGAUACAGAAUGGGAUUUUCAGCAUUAAUCACAAUAUUGCAUCUUAUUUCCUCAAAUUAUAAAUAAAAUUAAUCACACAGAAACUUUUUCACAUUUACAAUAGAGGUAGUGUCAAAAACAUGCAGCAUAUAAAAUGGAAAUAUCAAUAAUAACGAUAACAGCUAGGGUAAUAAUAGUAAGAAUACAAGUGAAAAUUGCCGUUGGCUUGUGGCACACAGUAUUGUCAAUGUGGUAUAGAAAUCCUAACAUGUUUAAAAAUAUUGAAUAUAAUGUUCUUUCUACAUGAUAUGGUGAAGGAAAAAACAUAGAUUACAGCCGUCAUGGAGAUAAGUUGGUGUUUGCAAUUAUGAAAGCAAAAUAAACAAAGAAGCAACAGGACAAGGUCACUAAGGUGAAUCGCCCCAUUCUGCAGGAACAGCAAUAUACAAAUUAAAGGCUCGAGAUAUUUCUGAUUUUUAUGAGGGCUUAGAUCUUUAUCUUGAAAAAGAUAAUAGUGAACGCCUUGACAGAUAAUGCUUCUACCUUUAAAUAUAUACCAUUCGCUCAGCCUAUUGUUGAGAUGCGACCACGUGGGAUCUGCACAGAUUUAUGGGGCAUCUUAUAAAUUAACUUGCUAUCCAUUGUCAGAUAUUUAAAUACCACUUCACAAUAUCUUGUCUCACUUAUUUUCUAAUAACGUCUUUACUUGAUUCUCAUUAUAUUCCAUUAAACCUAACAUUUUAUAGCUUUUUACGAAUUUCAUUCGACUUAUUCUAUUCCUAUUCUCUGGAGGGUACGGUUGUGCACCAAAUAGAAAAAAAGACAUGAAAUAAAGACAACUGGCUUGAAAAUAAUUGUAUUAAAGCCAAAAGUGAACGCAUGAUAGUAUAAAAUAUAUUGGUUUCAUUAUACAUUGCAAAUGAACGUUGUCGGCCUAAGGAUUAAUUACUUCCCCAUUCUGUUUUCUAUAUAAAUGUGUUUAUUAAUGAUAUAUUUCACUCACUUAAUCUAUUACACUUUAAUGUUUCACCUUAGCACUUUAACUUUUCUAAAACAGCUUCCAAUCCCUUGUAAAAGUUGUACUUACCUCAAUAUUGGUUGGUUAUCGUAUGCCUACAACCACGGGAUGAAAACGAAACGAAGUCGAUUUUCCCGCUCAACCUGGAGGACAAUUGUACAAUUCAAUAACUAUCCGGCCUGGUUCAGACAAUGAGUGUAUAUAUAUAUAUCAAAUAUUUAACUGUUGAAACAUUAUUAACUUGUAGACAAUCUACGAUUUGACAU